ACCAUCAUCUGCUCUCUACCAUUCUCUUCCUGUCUGUCUCUGUGUGUGUCUGUUUUGCCAACUAUUUCAUAUCAUAUAAUCCCUUCCUCUCUCUCUCUCUCUCCCCACAAGCUUCCAAACCAAGAGAAUUAAUGGAAAGGGAAAUUCCCAAGGUUCCUUUUCGUUGUUAUCUCCAGGAGAGAAUAUUUUAGAUGAAACGAAGAAGAAGGAGAAGAAUCAUCAAGUAAUAGAUCUUAAUUAGACCUUAUUUCCUUAAUGGUUACCUUCAUCUCCAACCCCAAGUCUGACUCUACAGCUCCAGAAAGAUGUGGUGGUAGUCAGCAAUAAUAGCAACAACAGACCUCUCUUUCUCAUCUGAAUAAAGAGGGUUGGCUGUCUGGUCAUGGCUAAUGUUGGGAUCACCAAAGGGAAAGACAAAGAAGAACAGAAGCAACGCUGGAGAUUCUGGUUUCACUUGGGGGGAUAUACGAUAUGACCAUGGUUCCUGUCCCAACAACCCUCUUUGAUCAGCAACACUACGAUGGUGGUGGUGGUGGUGGUGCCGGUGGCGGUGGCAUUGGCAUUGGUGGCGGCGCUUUUGGAGACUGUUUUGGUAGUGGUGGGAGCUUCGGUCAUCUUAUCAGCCAAAUAUCAGCAGCUGGAGGUUAUGAAUAUGGUAACCCUUGUAGCGAGGUCGAGGCGUGCAUAGGAUCCGAUCUGGUUGAAGUUGGGGCUGGGCGGAUUGGUCACAAUCACAUGGCCGAAGACGAGUCCAGAACCAGUAGCCUUAACGAAACCGGCUCAAGCUCUAAGGGUGGUGGUGGUGGUGGUGGUGGUGGUGGUGCUCUUCAUCAAGAAGAGCGUGGUGAUGAAGGGUGGCUUCAAUUAGGCAUUGGCGGAGGUGCCGGUCGAGCUGAUCCUAAUAAGCUUCAGGAUCCUCUUGAACACACCGGAAGUACUAGAAGACCGGGAUUGAUCGAGCUCGAUCUAUUACCCCCAGGUGGUGGCACCGGCGGCAGCGGUGGCGGUGGGAGUGGUGCCAGUGCACAACACAUGGUUAAUAAAGCGGUGUUGGACCCAAUAUUCAGUGCGAGCGAAUUCCGAGCUCCUCGUCCUCCAAUCGCAAUAACGCCGCCACCUCCUUUGUUCUUGCAACACCAAUACCCAAGCUCAAUCCCAAGAGCAACUAGCUUAACUAGCUUAACCGGAUUAAGCUUUCCUCAUCAACCAGAGGUCGCUUGGCUGGGUUAUAACAGGACUUAUAACCCUAAUCCUCCAUGGACUCCAUCUUCUUCUCCUUCUUCUUCUGCUACUCCCUCUUCUUCAAUGCUUCCGGUACCUUAUUUUGCUCGACCUUUCCAACACUCGGGCCUAGAUUUGGCCGGUCCCAGCUCGAGCUCCGAUGUCCGAGUGAUUGAUGCUCCUCCUAGGCCACAUUCCGGUGUUUGGUUUGUGCUUCAAGCCUCUCAAAAUCAAGCAAAAGAACCCUUUUUGCCUCAGAUACCCAAGACCUUCCUCAGAAUCAAGGAUGGCAGAAUGACAGUUCGAUUGUUGAUGAAAUAUCUGGUUAACAAGCUGAGAUUGGAUAGUGAAUCAGAGGUAGAAAUAAGAUGUAGAGGGCAAGAGCUACAACCAUUCUGGACGCUACAACAUGUGAGGGAUACCAUAUGGAGGUCUAGGGACGCCGUGACUUUGAAUCCGGACUCCUCAGCCAUUGAUCAUGUCAUGAUUUUACAAUACGGUAGGAGCCCUUAAAAGAUGGUGAAAAAGAAUUGUAGAUUACCUAUCCAUACGUAUAUGCCUCAUGUAUGGUUCGGUGCUAAAAUCUGUUUUUUUUUUUUUUCAUAGAUAUCGAAGUAAGAUAUGAGACAAAAUGCCAUCACCUAACCAUAUGUGAAGCGUGCAUGUAUAAGUAGGUGAUUCUAUGUACAUGGUGUCUUGCUAUGUACCAUAGAUUCCCUUAACUAAUUGGCGGAUCAAUGAAUAUUUGUCUUUAUUUUUAUUUCAAAACGCU